UUCCUGAGUUGCUAGGAUUAUAGUUACGAGCCACUGGUGCCCAGCUUGAAGUUAAUAUUCUUUAGUUACUUAAAAAUAACAAUCCAGUUUUACAACAGUCAUUCUUAGUGUUCUGCAGUGUGCCUGCUUCUUUGAUUAGUAUUUUCUCAUUUUGAUAAAUAUAAAACAUGAUUAAAUUUCAGAAUCGUGAACCUCUGAUGCCAUCUCCACAGUUUAUCAAAUCUUACUUCAGUUCUUUCACUGAUGAUAUAAUUUCUCAGCCCAUGCUUAAAGGAGAGAAGUCUGAUGAAGAUAAAGACAAGGAAGGGGAAGCCUUAGAAGUAAAAGAAAAUUCUGGAUAUUUAAAGGCCAAACAGUACAUGGAAGAAGAAAAUUAUGAUAAAAUCAUAACUGAGUGCUCAAAAGAAAUAGAUGCUCAAGGCAAAUACAUGGCAGAAGCAUUAUUAUUACGAGCCACUUUCUACCUGCUUAUUGGCAAUGCCAAUGCGGCCAAGCCUGAUUUAGAUAAGGUCAUCAGUUUGAAAGAAGCUAAUGUGAAGCUUCGAGCAAAUGCCCUCAUCAAAAGAGGCAGCAUGUACAUGCAACAGCAGCAGCCUUUGCUGUCUACUCAAGAUUUUAACAUGGCUGCUGACAUUGAUCCUCAGAAUGCAGAUGUUUAUCACCACCGAGGACAGCUCAAAAUACUGCUUGAUCAAGUUGAAGAAGCAGUGGCAGAUUUUGAUGAAUGUAUUAGAUUAAGACCUGAGUCUGCUCUGGCCCAAGCUCAGAAAUGUUUUGCGUUGUAUCGUCAGGCAUACACAGGAAAUAAUUCUUCACAAAUCCAAGCAGCUAUGAAAGGUUUUGAAGAGGUCAUAAAGAAAUUUCCAAAGUGUGCUGAAGGAUAUGCAUUGUAUGCCCAGAGAGGCUACAAUGGUUGCCACCGUUCCCUGAGUUUCACAGUGCUGCCUAAGGAUGACGAGAAGAAAGAAACCGGAAAGUCAGCCAAGAAGGAGGACCCAGUAAAUAAAUCUGUGGCAAGGCCACAAAGAAGACAUCCAAAGGCAGUUUGGGACAAGCUCAACAACUCAGUCCCGUUUGACAAAGCCAUUUAUGACAAACUCUUUUUAAAGACAUUCCCAACUAUAUCCACCCCAGCUGUGGUGUCUGAGAGACUAAAGAUUCUGGGUUCCCUGGCCAGGGCAGUCCUUCAGGAGUUCCUCAGUAAAGGACUUAUCAAAUUAGUUUUGAAGCACAGAACUCAAGUAAUUUACAAUAGAAAUACUAAGGGUAGAGAUACUCCAGCUGCUGAAGGUGCAUGAACAGGCCUAACCAACUGUACAUUUAGAAAAAUAAAACUCUAUUAAAUAAAGUAAAGGAGGGAAGCAAAAGGUAAAUGGAAAGGGGAAAGAAAAAUGAAGUUAAGAAUAGGGGAGAAAAAAAGAUACAGAAAUGAUAUCUUGCUCUCGCUUUUUAUAACUAAGGAAUACUCUGAGCCUGAAGCAGCUUGGGUUUCAUGGAUUCUUUAAAUCAUUUGUGGGGGUAGCUGCUUCUGCUUUUACUUUGUCAGUAUUUACCUGUUGGAGGUACAUGGAUUCUUCUAUGGUCCUAUAUAUUUGUUAAAGUCAGGUGAUGUUGACAAUGAUCAAAUUUUGUACAGACAUACCACAAAGCUCUUGUAAUUAGUGACUGGAACGUGAAUAACUGGCUUUGUCCACAGUAAUA